CUAAAAUCUAGGCACACUAAUCUGUGCAGGCAGCCUUCUGCACUAUCCUUCCGUGCCUUCUGCAUUAGUUCUGCGAAUGUUUAUCGCGUCAUCUACGUCUCGCAUAUGCCCCGCUUGUCCCUACGGUUGAUAGGGCGUUGCGAUCCCACUCGCCGAACUCGUAGGUAGUAUCCGAUUUUGCGAUGUCCUGCACGAUUCGAGUCUCGUUUAGGUAGCAGUUUCAUGACCCGAAAACUUCGGUGGGAAGCGAGCGGCCAUCUUUAGCAGCGGGUUGUUUUCCUUCCUCGAAGAAGUGGUCUGUCGCCGGGGUCCCCGUCAGCAUGGAAUAACGCCGAGGUUGGCGCAGCCGGAGGCCAGGCCAUGGCCCCUCCACCGCCGCCACCCCCCAUGGGGGCCCUGGGGCCCCCUAAGACUGCCGCAGUGCCGGACCGGUCCGUGCUCCUCUCCCAGAUCCGGGGUGGUGCCACACUCAGGAAGGCGGUCACCAACGACCGGAGUGCGCCCAUCAUCGACGCUAACAAGAGGGCGGCGGCACCCACCCAGGCGCCAACAGAUGGGGCAGCCCCCAAGCUCAAUGUGCCUGCAGGCCUGGCGGGCCUCUUCGCGGGGGGCAUGCCCAAGCUGAGGCCGCUCAACCCCUCUGCCACUGGAGCGUCACCGGCCCCGCCUUCGACCCCUCGCUCCGGCGCCCCGUCGGGUCCCCGGCCGGGGGGUGCACCCCCGCAGCAGCCAGUGGCACCGAGCGGGGACACGCCCCCGGGCCGGCGGGCCCCGGCCCCGUUCCCGGCGGACCUGGCCCCCCGGGGACCCCCUCCCCUGCCGCCGCCGUCGAGCCAGAAGCCCAGCCUGGGCCCCCCCCAGGGCGGCCCCUCCCCCGUGUCCCGCAGCCGGACGGGCCCUCCGCUCCCGAGCAAGCCCCCGGGGGUGACAAGGUCCGCCUCGCAGACGAGCCUCGGGGCCAAGAGGGGCCCCGCACCCCUGCGCGCUCCCCAGGUGAAGCCCCCACCUCCCCCCAAGAGCCCCACGGUGGGCGCGGUGGCGGCCAGUGGCCCCAGGUUCGGCACGGUGGGGCCGCACGCGGGGGCACGCCUGCAACUCCCCGGGGCACCACUGGCCCGGCGCCAGAGCUUCGGGGCCCCUGACUCCCGGCCGGCCGAGGGGGCGGGGCAGCAGGGGGCGGGGCCCCAGCCCGGGGGGCCCGCGAAGCCCUCGGGCCCGCCCCCGCCGCCCCGCAACGUCAGCGUGCCCAGCAACCUGCACCAGGCGCACAAGUCCCGGAGCGCGCCCCCGGCGCCGCCGCUGCGUGCCCCCCCUGCCUCGCGGCCUCCCCCUCCGCCCCUGAGGGGCCAGCCCCCUCCCCUGCCCAGCAGCCUGCCCCCGCAGUUGCCCCAGCGGAACCAGCCCAGGCCCCAGGGGCCUGCCGCGGCCCCCCGGCCCUCCCCCACGCCGCCCCUUCGCAGCUCCUCCAUGAGGAACUCCGCGGCACCUGCGGCUUUCGAGAGCCGCUUCAGCUUUCGCCCCAUCGACCACGUUCCUGGCCCAGUCUACGCGGCAACGGAGGUCAAGAGGUACCCCAGCAAAGUGCCCCGGCAGAACCAUCAACGUCAGGCUCCCCCGCCCCCCACGCACUUUGCCGGAAGCUUGGCGCAGCAGACCGCGGCCUGACCCCGGGCCCCCGCCGCGGGAGAACCGGCUGCCCUCUCCGGCACCCUCCCCAGGGAGCGGGGGACGUCGGACGUUACGUUGGUCCCGCCCUCCGAGAGUCGUACCCCGGGGGCCCCCCCGCGGCGGGACACGAUGCCUCUCCGGCCACGCUUGCCGCAAUGUGUGCGGACGCUUUUCUUUUACGCCGGGCCGGCGCAUCGUGCGCGCCUCUCGCCCUCGCGGGGGACGCGGCGCCGGUUUAGUAUUUCGCCCUUCUUUUACCGGUUUCUUCGAGCUAAUUUUAAACUUGGAAGUGCGCUUCUAUCGUUCCCAACCAAGAUUAGGCAGGGGUGACCUUGGUUUCCAAUCAGAGUCAAGCUGGUGUAACCUUGGCCCGACCUUGAAUGACCUUGACACAACCAAGGUCGAGCCAGGUCGUUCCCGGCUUUUUGGUUGGUUGCUCUCGGGCUGGCGGGGUGCUCGAGCUUUUCCAGGCUCCUCUGGCACCCCGACACUCGAGACCGGGAGCGUCGACGAGAUUUGGUGCGUCGCCAAUCAUUUGUGGUUGCCGGACGCAGGCUGUCUCACGAUUUCGGGUUUGUCUGGCCCAUUCAGGUGCAGGUAGCACAACCUCGUUUUAUUUUUGCGCCUGGGCAAACCGGGUGUCCUCUCCGAAAGGUGCAGAGCCACUGUUCUGCCAACUGCCGCAAUGCAUGUGCGGUAAGUUGAGAGGGCAGACCUUCCGCGUUUGGACGCGUUCGCACUAGCUCCUGCUCCGCGAUCUUGCCCCUUGCGACGCAUUGCGUCGCGCUUUAUGUGUACAAAAACGAGUUGUAUUUUUACCGGCUGCAGAUACGGGCCCGUGUACAUUAGAAAGCGGAGGCCCCUUCUAUUCUACCGUGUGGAACAGAUGGAUUGAACCCGCAUCCAACGGAUCGUCGGAAUUGGUUUCGUGUGCUAGGGCUUCGAUUUACGACGGUGCGGCGCUAAGCGGCGCAUUUGUUUCGCCGAGUUGUAGAAGAAAAUAUAUUUGCAUGGAAGCUAGGAUAAAAGCCAAGGUGUUGCUACAGGUUGAUGCAGAGUGACUCUUUUUCGUGAGGGAACGGACGUUGCUGUGGGUCAUAAAGGCACCCGAUUGGAUUGCCUCGGGGGAACGGGAGUGCUGUUAAAACACCGUCCUUCCUCCUUUCUUAUUUUACGUUGAAUCGAGCGUCCCGAAAGUCGCAGCAUUUACUGCAUUAACACCAAAAGAAAAUUUGUUUGUCCGCUGGAAAAGUUCUGUUUAUCGGGGCAGGUUGCGACGUUGCAGUGCACUAAACCGAUUCCGGCGACUUGUUCCAAAACGGGGUCGAUCCUUUGGGCCCACUUUGUAAAAUGUAUAUAUAUAAAUAUAUUAUAUAUAUAUAUAUAUAUAUAAGGCAGUCAUUGCUCUCCGCACUGGAUACGAAUUUCGACCCAUAAAACGGAGUGGCCCAAUGCGCGUCGCGCAAGUUGCUGCGGGGAUCGGCGGGAUUCCCUCUCGAGUCGCGACACGUCUGAUCGUGCAGACGCCAACAUUCCCUCUGUGUUGUUUGUUUCGAGCCUGUCCCUCUUGGAUUCUUCACGUGGAUCUCUGGGGGCAAACGAGCGAUGUGCGAUUGUUCCCACAACCACUGUUAAGUGCACUCGAUUUGAGUCGGGCCCCCAUGCUGCAGAAUCUUGUCGAAGCAUUCUAGAAGCAGCGCCGCGCGAGUUUCCCAUUGGGGUAGAGACUGUCGGGUCUUCCAUCGCCUCUGGUAAUACGCACAGCUUCUCCGGGUAGCAGCGGGCUACUUGCCCCAGCGAUUCUCGGCUCACAAUAAAGACCUCUGGUUCUCUA